AAGGGGGCGAGCGGGGCCUGGAGCGGGCGGAAAAGGACUGCCGCCGCCGCGCCCCCUCUCCUCCGCUCCUUCCGGUCGCUCUCCGGGAGGCCAUCCGGCCGAGGUCUCGCCUCUCGGUCUGGCCUCCUCGGAGCCGGGAUGGCGGCGGCCGAGGAGCAGGAAUGAAAAACUGUCCCGGCUUGAUGUCCCUGCAGUUCCGGUCACCUUCAAGGAAUUCAUGAUCACAUGACCCUGGAUAUGGAUGUCGUCCUCUCGGAUUUUGUUCGCUCAACGGGGGCAGAGCCAGGAUUGGCAAGAGACUUGCUUGAAGGGAAAAACUGGGACUUGAACGCUGCACUGAAUGAUUUUGAGCAGCUGAGGCAGGUUCAUGCCGGGGUCCUGCCCCGUUCCUUCAAUGACGGUCAUACUUUUAAAUUUGUGGAGAAGGAGAUUGCCCACAGUGCCCGGCCACAGCUGCAGCGCCAAGAUGAUAUAAUUCAAGAGAAGCGCUUGUCCCGAGGCAUUUCCCACGCCAGCUCCACCAUCAUCUCCUUGGCUCGCUCCCACGUCUCCAGCAAUGGCGGCAGCGGUGGCGGCAGCGAGCAACUCUUGGAGAUGCCGAUCUGUACCUUCCAGCUCCCUGACCUGAAUGUUUACAGUGAAGACUUCCGGAACUUCAUCGAACGGGAUCUCAUUGAGCAAUCGAUGCUGGUGGCCCUGGAGCAGGCUGGUCGUCUGAACUGGUGGGCCAACGUAGAUCCCAGCUGUCAAAGGCUGCUUCCCUUGGCAACAACGGGUGAUGGAAAUUGCCUGCUUCAUGCUGCAUCCCUAGGUAUGUGGGGUUUCCACGACAGGGAUCUGAUGCUCCGCAAAUGCCUUUACGCCCUGAUGGAUAGAGGGGUGGAGAGGGAGGCUCUGAAAAGGCGCUGGAGGUGGCAGCAGACCCAGCAAAACAAAGAGUCUGGCCUCGUAUACACAGAAGAAGAAUGGCAAAAAGAGUGGAAUGAGCUGACCAAAUUGGCUUCAAGUGAACCACGUAUGCAUUACAGCACCAACAGUGGGAACUGUGGAGGGGUUGAAGGAUCUGAGGAGCCGGUGUAUGAGAGCCUGGAAGAAUUCCAUGUUUUUGUCCUUUCCCAUGUAUUGAAGAGGCCCAUUGUGGUUGUGGCAGACACAAUGUUGCGAGAUUCUGGAGGAGAAGCAUUUGCUCCUAUCCCCUUUGGUGGCAUCUAUUUGCCUCUGGAAGUUCCUGCCAGCAAGUGCCAUCGUUCCCCAUUGGUUCUGGCCUACGAUCAAGCCCAUUUCUCUGCCCUGGUGUCCAUGGAGCAAAAGGAGCCCAUCAAGGAACAAGCUGUGAUCCCUCUGACAGACUCUGAACACAAACUGCUUCCGGUACACUUCGCAGUGGAUCCUGGGAAAGAGUGGGAGUGGGGUAAAGAUGACAAUGAUAACGUCAAAUUGGCAAGUGUGACUCUUUCACUGGAGGCCAAGUUGCAUUUGCUGCACAGCUACAUGAAUGUAAAGUGGAUCCCUUUGUCUUGUGAAAUGCAGGCACCUCUUGCUCAGCCAGAGUCUCCAACGGCUUCUGCAGGUGAUGAGAUCCGAUCGGCUGCAGACUCGGGGGAUUCAGAUAAGGAAUCAGUUUGUAGCAGCUCAGCAAGCAAUAGUGGCAGCAGCAAGACCAGCAGUAAAGAAAAACCAAAAAAAGAGCGGGAAAAGGACAAGGAGAAGAAACGGGCUGACUCUGUAGCCAAUAAACUUGGAAGUUUUGGCAAAACACUGGGGAGCAAGCUAAAAAAAAAUAUGGGCGGGCUGAUGCAUAGCCGAACAGUCAAAGGCGGAAUGAGCAAUGGACAAGGGGAGACCUUGGAGAAGAAAAAGAAAGGCUCCAUAAAAAUAAGAAAGGGCAGCAAAGAGGAGGCUCCUUCUGGAGAUUUUUCAGCUCUUCCAGAGAAGUCCGGUCUAGCUAAGACGACAUCUUCAGAAAAGCAGCCCGAUCACUGCAAAUACAGCAGUGAUGUCAAGCUGAGUUUGAGCAUCCUACGAGCUGCCAUGCAAGGGGAGCGCAAGUCCAUCUUUGCUGGUCAGCUGAAGACCAGUCACCGGCACCAGUACCAAGAGGAGAUGAUCCAGCGGUAUCUCCUGGAUGCUGAGGAGCGCUAUUCUGCAGAGCAGAAACAAAAGGAAGCUGAGAAGAAGAUGGUGGCACUGGGCAAUGGGGGAGCUGCCAAAAAGAUGGACUUAGAAGGCAAUCCUCUCAAAGGAGAAGAGACUCCACGGAACUCCAUGGACCACCCAGGACUGUCGCCAUAUAGUCUCCAGAGCUCAGAUCUGGCCACGGUGGGUACUAAAAUAUCCAGUUUUUCCACUGGCCACUCAGGAGUCUUCACCAUUCCCCGGCCUUCUAUGAUGAGCAAUGUGGAAAGCACCUAUCCUCCUACUUACCAAGAUGGCCGAAGACAAGUUGCUGGAGGCCUCUGUGCUCCUUUUCCCUCUUACGCUACACUGCCCAGGCAGUGUGCACAAAGCCGUUCCCACCUGUCCCAGCAGGUGGGACACUUCUGUACCACAGAGAUGGAUAUGCCACCUAGUUAUGCGGAGGUGGAUUGUGAGGGCUCUUCCUACCCAGUUCUAUCCAGCAAUGGCUAUCAAGAUUGCACAGAGCCAGAUGGUAGCUCUACAAAAGUAGUGCAGGGUGAUCGAAGAAAAACAUGGCUGCUGUACAAUGUACAGCAAACCAAAUGCAAACAGCCCAACUGCAGUUUUUAUGGACAUCCAGAGACUGGGAAUUUCUGUUCAUGCUGUUACAAAGAAGAACUGAAACGCAAAGAACAGGAGAAGGAGACACUGAUACAUCGGUUCUGAAGAAACAAAUAUGUACGUUUCCUAUCUGGACCCAUGGGAUAUGGGGAAUGCAAUAAUUUUUUCUACCCCUGUUCCCCUUUCAUUAAGGGGAGGAGUUGGCCAGUGGGGGUUGGUAAGCUGCUUACGGGAGUGGGGGAACCAAAGCCCCUUACUUCCUAGAAGCAUGGAAGAAAACUCCAUUAAAGAGCAAGGGCUGCUAGUGUAAUGUGAUGGGGACAGUUCCCUGGAAGGUGGGGGUAGAAUUCAGGGAGGUUGCAUUUUGUGCAGGACUGUAGUUGUUGAAUCAAGCAAAUCCUCUAGACCAAAGCUUUGAAUUCCAAGAUUAGAGAAAAACAAUGACAAAGGCCUGUUCUUAUUUGAUCACCCUCCAACAUAUUUUUUUAAAUUUUUAUUUCAAAGGGAUUAAAAUUAGUAUCACUCAGUUUUGUCUUAAUGCCUGAAGCGUCGAGGCUCUUUAACAGUUUCAUGUCUUUUUUAUGACUAUUUUUAUGUCUCUGGGGUAUUCUGAUACUGCACAGGGACUGAGUUGGAAAGGAAGUAUUCUGAAGAGUGAAUCAAGUUCAGUUACCUCCCUGUUCUUCUGAUGCUGCCUCCUUCCAAAUCCACCCAUCUUUUCCCACAAUUGUCUGGUCUUCUGAGCAUGCUUGUUCUAGCUAGGGUUAGCUUCAGUUAGAGAUGAGCUUCAGAGAUUUUUUUUUUGAAGUAUAUAUUUUAAAAUACUUGUCAGGAGCUGAAUGUGCUAGGUGGGAAGGAAUCAAGUCACGGUGUUGUGUAUUGAGAUAAAGUUUUAACUGAAAAAAAAAAUGAAGCUGUUCUUGAUGGAAUCAAACUACUUGAGUAGAAUUUUGGAGACCAGGAGGGAAAUCAGUGGGGCUUUAAUAAGAGCAAUAAACCAUUGCAGGCAGCUUUAAACAUGGAGAGAUGAAAGGUGGUAAUGAGGCAUCACAGCAAGAAUCCUUUGCUAUCUGAUUUUGCUCCAGCUACUUUUAAAAGCAUCAGAAGAUAAACCUAUAUAAUAUUUUCGGUCUGCAGAGAACAACCUACUUUUUGUGCAAGCUAUUUUUCCCAGACUACCUCUGUUCUGUAUAGAAAAAAAUCUGACUUUGGGGGAACAUAGUUAUUAUUCUUUGUUCCUUGUGGGUUUUCUAAUGCAGUACAUUAAUUCCCAUCAACUCCAGCCUUUAGAAAUAUUGGUAUAUUUUAAAAGCACCUGAUUAUUCCCACUUUUGGUGUUGCAGCAUUUGUUGCAAAUAUUUUUUCAACAAAUAAAACAUGUUUGAUGGCUAGGAACUCCCUCCUAAUCAGAUAUUUCACAAAGACAUAUGCCAGUUAUGUUUUGACUGAAUUUUGAAUGGUGGAUAAGGGUCUUUUUUUCCUUCUUUUGGCUCAUUUGGGAGUCUAAAACUAUGCAAUUAUUUUCCAUCAAGAGCUGCUGAGUUGGGACAGAGAACUGCAAGUGUACUUAAUAUUUUAAACAAUAACCCAACACUCAUGGCUUUCUUUAAUACUCCUUACACUGCCUUAACAUGGACAGUAGCCCAAUAUGAAAUAACAGGCACUUUCUUGUUUCUUUCCUAGAUAAUUUUAUUUGAGAAAGGGGUACUAUUAAGAGGCAAAUAUGUAUUGCUAUGUUAAAUUUGUCAGGAUCUGCUGCGUGAUAUAAAAUUAAAACGGGGCUUGCAGAAAAUGCUCCUGAGACAUACAAGAUGGAUUUGCACUCACAACUGAUAGGUAGUCCAUCCACCCCUCUUGCUAAAUACUGUCGUGGAAGAUUAUAGACCACUUAAUUUCAGAGCCCUACAAUGGGGGAAAUGUGUGUGUUUUUAACCAGGAUGUGCAGAGGAAUAAAAUCAGGAGCAAAAGAAAAAUAAAACCAUGUAUUUGUCUUGUUAGGCAACAUAAAUGUUUACACUGUGUUCAGAAGAAUAAUUUCAGUCUUAAAAUUUGACAGUAGGUGGACGUCUGCAGAUUAUAAUUCAUUUGAUCUGAAAAUCCAACUCGGGAUGUUCAAUUUUGACAUUUCAAGCAGUUUUGGGGUUUGAUAGACUAAAAACUAAUUUGAGGAAAAGCUUAUUCAGUUGGUUUGUGGCUGUAUAGAGUAGCUGAGCUCAAAGUAGCCUUUUUAAAAAAAUUACACAUUUCUUCAAAAAUUAACUAUCCUAAAUCUAUUUUUAUGAGGGUGGCAGCAGCAGUGGUAGUUGCAUUUUUUAUGAUUCUCUGUGUCUCUUUUCAGUGCUGGUUGCUUAAGAUGUUAUCGCAAGAAUUCCUAUAAGUGACAUUGGACUAUUUUUUAUUUGAUCACUUUGGCUAAAUUGAAUGUCACCUCCAAAAUUUUUGUUUGGAAAUGCACACAUGCUAUCUGGAAGACAUGAUACAUGCAGAAUUCCCCCUUCCCAUAUAAUUUUUUCCAAGUAGUGAAGCCUCUUUCUAGAGAUCUGUAUGCUUUCUUUUUUUGCUUUUCCAAACUGUAACUAGUAAUUUUGAGAUUGUACCUUGACAGUUUGUUGCUGAUCACUUUUUAAUUAUAACUAUUAUUAUAAUUAUUAUAGCAAUUGGGUUAAUAGAUUGUAGCAUUUUUGUACAUCAAAACAAAGUGAACACUUUAAAAACCUCUAUUUGAAAAGUAUUUUUCUAUGAACUCCAGAAUUUUAAGUCCAAAACCUUUCCGCCUUAGUAACAGUGAAUUCUAAUUAUUUAACUUCUGCCUACCAGAUCAAGUUUGAAUUGGUAUAGUUGUUCACUGACUUUCCCUUUCCAGACCCUCCUUCUAUUUUUCUGAGAAGUGUAGGUUUGUUUCCUUUAUGGUGAAACAGUAAUCUUUUUUUCAUUAAAAAAGCAAAAGUUAAAAAUACUAUUUAUUGAAAAAAUAAAACCUUCCCCUUUUUAUUCAUUGUCUAUGCAGCUAUAAAUUGAAAGCAGUGGAUAUAUUUUAAGGUACCUUUUUAAUCAUUAUUUUCUUGAGCAGAAAUAUAAGCAGAUGAGUUUCCCAAGCACUUUUAAUUGAGUAGAGACACUAGAGUAAACAAUUUUUUAUAGAAGAGCAAGUAGGGGGAGAUGUUUGUGGUCUUGCUCCCUCUGCUGGAGGAAGAAGUUUAUGGCAUAUUCUGAGAAAUUUAACAAUUGGUUUAUUCCCACCUUCCUUCCCUAUGGAUACGGAGAGGAGGGAGGGAGGGAGAGAGACCACAGAUUGAGGCAAGUCGAGUGAGAAUGCAUUAUUAGUGAUGUGACUGUGGCUUCUGACAGACACUUGUGGGACUCUACAAAUAGUUAAAAUUAUUUUAAUAUUCCAAGAAUCAAAAUAACUUUUUCCCAUUUGAUGCACAAUGUUUUGCACAACAAAAGAAAAGGCCUCAUUUUGGCUUCAGUUCCUUUAUGAUUAAUUCUGACAUUAUGUCUCAAUUUGUUUUUUUAGUUUGACAAAAAUAGAAUGACCUUAAAUAAAAAUGUCCAGGGUAUAACUUUAACCAGCAUGUAGAAACUCUAUAGAAAGGUUUUUGUUAGUUUUUUUCUGCUAGUUGUCUAAGAAUUAAUUGACCUGAUUUAAUUCUGUUGUCGACAAUAAAAAUUAUU